AUGGAGCAGUCAGUGCUUGUACCACCAGGACCUGACAGCUUCCACUACUUCACUAGAGAGUCUCUUGCAGCUAUUGAACAACGCAUUGCUGCAGAAAAGGCUAAGUAUUCGAAACAAGACCGUAAAGAUGAUGAAAAUGGCCCAAAACCAAAUAGUGACUUGGAGGCAGGAAAGUCACUUCCAUUUAUUUAUGGUGACAUACCUCCAGGAAUGGUGUCCGAGCCCUUGGAGGAUCUGGACCCAUAUUACAUUAAUAAAAAAACUUUUAUAGUAUUGAAUAGAGGGAAGGCAAUCUUCCGAUUCAGUGCCACCUCUGCCCUGUACAUUUUAACUCCUUUCAAUCCUCUUAGAAAAAUAGCUAUUAAAAUUUUGGUACAUUCAUUGUUCAGCAUGCUUAUUAUGUGCACUAUUUUGACCAACUGUGUGUUUAUGACCAUGAAUAACCCUCCGGAAUGGACAAAGAAUGUAGAGUAUACCUUCACUGGAAUAUAUACAUUUGAAUCACUUAUAAAAAUUUUUGCAAGGGGCUUCUGUUUAGAAGAAUUUACUUUCCUUCGAGAUCCAUGGAACUGGCUUGAUUUCACUGUCAUUACAUUUGCGUAUAUAACAGAAUUUGUAAACCUAGGCAAUGUUUCAGCUCUUCGAACUUUCAGAGUAUUGAGAGCUUUGAAAACUAUUUCUGUAAUCCCAGGCUUGAAGACUAUUGUGGGAGCCCUAAUUCAGUCUGUGAAGAAGCUCUCAGAUGUCAUGAUUCUGACUGUGUUUUGCCUGAGUGUAUUUGCACUAAUAGGGCUGCAGCUGUUCAUGGGCAACUUGAGGCAUAAAUGCUUGCAGUGGCCUCCAGACAAUUUUACUCUGGAAACAAAUAUUACUUCAUACUUUAACAGCACAAUAGGUGAAAAUGGUACAUUUGUUAAUGUAACAGUGACUCCGUUUGACUGGAAGGGCUACAUUGAGGAUGAACGUCAUUUUUACGUUCUGGAAGGGCAAAAUGAUGCUCUGCUUUGUGGAAAUGGCUCAGAUGCAGGUCAAUGUCCAGAAGGAUAUAUAUGUGUGAAAGCUGGUAGAAAUCCCAACUAUGGCUACACAAGCUUUGACACAUUCAGCUGGGCAUUCUUGUCACUGUUUCGACUGAUGACUCAGGACUACUGGGAAAACCUUUAUCAGCUGACACUACGUGCUGCUGGCAAAACAUACAUGAUAUUUUUUGUUCUGGUGAUUUUCCUGGGCUCUUUCUAUCUGAUUAACUUGAUUCUGGCUGUUGUUGCUAUGGCCUAUGAAGAGCAGAAUCAAGCAAACAUGGAAGAAGCAGAACAGAAAGAGGCAGAAUUUCAGCAAAUGCUUGAACAGCUGAGAAAGCAACAAGAAGCAGCUCAGGCAGCAGCAGUAGCAGUAGCAACAGCCUCUGCUGGGUCAAGAGAUCCCAGUGCAGAAGGUGGAAUAGGGGGACUCUCAGAAAGUUCUUCUGACGCGUCAAAGUUGAGUUCAAAGAGUGCUAAAGAGAGGAGGAACAGAAGGAAGAAGAGAAAGCAGAAAGAACAAUAUGGAGGAGAGGAGAAAGAUGAAGAUGAAUUUCAAAAAUCUGAAUCAGAAGGCAGCAUCAGAAAGAAAACUUUCAGAUUUUCCAUUGAAGGGAACAGAUUGACAUAUGAAAAAAAGUAUUCGUCCCCCCACCAGUCUUUGCUGAGCAUUCGUGGCUCCUUGUUUUCCCCAAGACGCAACAGCAAAACGAGUCUUUUCAGCUUCAGAGGUCGAGCAAGGGAUAUAGGAUCAGAAAAUGACUUUGCUGAUGAUGAACAUAGCACUUUUGAAGAUAAUGAUAGCAGAAGAGAUUCUCUUUUUGUGCCACGGAGACAUGGUGAACGGCGUAACAGUAACAUUAGUCAGGCCAGUAGGUCAUCCAGGGUGCUGGCGGUGUUUCCAGCGAAUGGGAAGAUGCAUAGCACUGUAGAUUGCAAUGGAAUAGUUUCCCUGGUUGGUGGACCAUCUGUUCCUACAUCGCCUGUUGGACAACUUCUGCCAGAGGGCAUGACUACUGAAACAGAAACGAGAAAGAGAAGAUCCAGUUCCUUUCAUGUUUCUAUGGAUUUUCUGGAAGACCCUGCUCAGAGAGACAGAGCAAUGAGUAUAGCUAGCAUACUCACAAAUACUAUGGAAGAACUUGAAGAAUCAAGACAGAAAUGCCCACCAUGCUGGUACAAAUUUGCAAACAUCUUCUUGAUCUGGGACUGCAGUCCACAUUGGUUAAAAAUAAAACAUAUUGUCAAUUUAGUUGUGAUGGACCCAUUUGUCGAUCUUGCUAUAACUAUUUGCAUUGUUUUAAAUACACUAUUUAUGGCCAUGGAACAUUAUCCAAUGACUGAUGAAUUCAAUAAUGUACUUUCUGUUGGAAACCUGGUCUUCACUGGGAUCUUCACAGCAGAAAUGUUUCUGAAGAUAAUUGCCAAGGAUCCUUAUUAUUAUUUCCAAGAAGGCUGGAAUAUUUUUGAUAGUUUUAUUGUAACACUUAGUUUGAUUGAACUUGGUCUUGCAAAUGUGGAAGGACUAUCAGUUCUCCGAUCAUUCAGAUUGUUACGAGUUUUCAAAUUGGCAAAAUCUUGGCCAACACUGAAUAUGCUGAUAAAGAUUAUUGGUAACUCAGUGGGGGCUUUGGGAAAUUUGACGUUGGUGCUGGCUAUCAUUGUCUUCAUUUUCGCUGUGGUUGGUAUGCAGCUGUUUGGUAAAAACUACAAGGAAUGUGUCUGCAAAAUUGCAAGUGACUGUGUACUUCCACGCUGGCACAUGCAAGACUUCUUCCACUCUUUCUUGAUAGUAUUCCGAGUGUUGUGUGGAGAAUGGAUAGAGACUAUGUGGGACUGUAUGGAGGUUGCAGGCCAAGCUAUGUGCCUUACUGUCUUCAUGAUGGUCAUGGUGAUUGGAAAUCUAGUGGUUCUGAACCUAUUUUUGGCCUUGCUACUGAGCUCGUUUAGUGCAGACAACCUUGCUGCCACUGAUGAUGAUAAUGAAAUGAAUAAUCUCCAGAUUGCUGUAGCAAGAAUUGAGAAGGGAAUAGAUUAUGUGAAAAGAAAAGUUCGUGAAUUCAUCCAAAAAUCCUUCGUUAAAAAACAAAAAGCUUUAAAUGAAAUCAAGCCACUUGAAGAACUAAACAAAAAAGACAGCUGCAUUUCUAAUCAUCUAACAGUGGAAAUAAACAAAGACCUUGAUUAUCUUAAAGAUGGCAAUGGAACUAGUGGCAUAGGCACAGGCAGCAGCGUGGAAAAAUAUAUCAUUGAUGAAAGUGAUUACAUGUCGUUCAUAAACAACCCAAGCCUCACUGUAACAGUACCAAUUGCUGUUGGAGAAUCAGAUUUUGAAAAUUUAAAUACAGAAGAGUUUAGCAGUGAGUCGGAUCUGGAAGAAAGCAAAGAGAAGCUAAAUUUGUCCAGCUCAUCUGAAGGUAGCACAGUUGAUAUUGGACAUCCUGAAGAAGAGCAACAUGAAGCUGAACCUGAAGAAGCUGCUGAGCCAGAGGCCUGUUUUACAGAAGGCUGUGUACGGAGGUUCAAGUGCUGUCAAGUCAGCGUAGAAGAAGGGAGAGGAAAAGAAUGGUGGAAUCUUAGGAAAACCUGCUUCAAGAUAGUUGAACACAACUGGUUUGAGACUUUCAUUGUCUUUAUGAUUCUCCUUAGUAGUGGUGCUCUGGCUUUUGAAGACAUAUAUAUAGAGCAGCGCAAGACUAUCAAGACCAUGCUGGAAUAUGCUGACAAGGUUUUCACUUACAUCUUCAUUCUGGAAAUGCUGCUCAAGUGGGUGGCAUAUGGCUAUCAAACAUACUUCACUAAUGCUUGGUGCUGGCUGGACUUCCUAAUUGUUGAUGUCUCCUUGGUUAGCUUAACAGCGAAUGCAUUAGGUUACUCGGAACUUGGUGCCAUUAAGUCCCUUAGGACACUAAGAGCUUUGAGACCUCUGAGAGCCUUGUCGCGAUUUGAAGGGAUGAGGGUGGUUGUGAAUGCCCUUUUAGGAGCAAUUCCAUCCAUCAUGAACGUGCUUCUCGUUUGUCUCAUAUUCUGGCUAAUUUUCAGCAUCAUGGGAGUAAAUCUGUUUGCUGGGAAGUUCUACUACUGUGUUAACACCACAGAUGAUGAAAGGUUUGAAGUCGACAGAAUCAACAAUUUUAGUCAGUGCGAGGAACUCAUAAAAAACAAUGAAACUGCACGAUGGAAAAACGUGAAAGUAAACUUUGAUAAUGUAGGAUUUGGGUAUCUUUCUUUACUUCAAGUAGCUACAUUUAAAGGAUGGAUGGAUAUUAUGUAUGCAGCUGUUGAUUCAAGAGCUGUACUGGAUCAACCUAAAUAUGAAGACAACCUAUACAUGUAUCUUUAUUUUGUCAUCUUUAUCAUUUUUGGAUCUUUUUUCACCCUGAAUUUGUUUAUUGGUGUUAUCAUUGAUAACUUCAACCAGCAAAAAAAGAAGUUUGGAGGUCAAGACAUCUUUAUGACAGAAGAACAGAAGAAAUACUACAAUGCAAUGAAAAAGCUGGGAUCCAAGAAACCACAAAAACCUAUACCUAGGCCAGGGAACAAAUUCCAAGGCAUGGUAUUUGAUUUUGUGACAAAACAAGUAUUUGAUAUCGGCAUCAUGAUUCUUAUCUGCCUUAACAUGGUCACCAUGAUGGUAGAAACAGAUGAUCAGAGUGACGAGAUGCAAACUAUUUUACAGCGGAUUAACCUGGUGUUUAUUGUCCUUUUCACUGGAGAAUGUGUUCUGAAACUGAUUUCACUCCGUUAUUACUACUUCACCAUAGGCUGGAACAUUUUUGAUUUUGUGGUUGUCAUUCUCUCCAUAGUAGGUAUGUUUCUAGCAAAGGUGAUCGAAAAAUAUUUUGUGUCUCCCACCUUGUUCAGAGUUAUCCGACUCGCCAGAAUAGGUCGAAUCCUGCGUCUCAUUAAGGGAGCUAAAGGGAUCCGUACUCUGCUUUUUGCUUUGAUGAUGUCUCUUCCUGCUUUGUUUAACAUUGGUCUCCUGCUUUUCCUAGUCAUGUUUAUCUAUGCUAUUUUUGGAAUGUCCAACUUUGCCUAUGUUAAGAGGGAAGCUGGAAUUGAUGACAUGUUCAACUUUGAAACUUUUGGCAACAGCAUGAUCUGCCUAUUUCAGAUUACCACAUCUGCUGGUUGGGAUGGCUUGUUAGCACCAAUUCUUAACAGCGGAGAACCGGACUGUGAUCCUAAUAAACCUCACCCAGGAAGCUCUGUUAAAGGAGACUGUGGUAACCCUUCAGUUGGGAUUUUCUUUUUUGUCAGUUAUAUUAUCAUCUCAUUUCUAGUUGUAGUAAACAUGUAUAUUGCUGUUAUUUUGGAGAACUUCAGUGUUGCUACAGAAGAAAGUGCCGAGCCCUUGAGCGAGGACGACUUUGAGAUGUUCUAUGAGGUUUGGGAAAAAUAUGAUCCAGAUGCCACCCAGUUCAUGGAAUUUGCAAAACUGUCUGAUUUUGCAGCUGCACUUGAUCCUCCUCUUCAUUUACCAAAACCAAACAAAGUUCAGCUUAUUGCAAUGGAUCUGCCCAUGGUGAGUGGUGACAGAAUUCACUGCCUUGAUAUCUUGUUUGCUUUUACAAAGCGUGUUUUGGGGGAAAGUGGAGAGAUGGAUGCACUUCGAAUACAAAUGGAAGACCGGUUUAUGGCAUCCAAUCCUUCAAAAGCCUCCUAUGAACCAAUUACAACCACAUUAAAACGAAAACAAGAGGAGGCAUCUGCUGUCAUUAUUCAACAUGCUUUCAGACGUUACCUUUUAAAACGAACAGUAAAACAGGCUUCGUUUGCAUACAACAAAAAUAAAAUCCAAGGAGGGAUUGGUCAAUGUAUCAAAGAUGAAAUUCUUAUUGACAAGUUAAAUGAAAAUUCAUUUACAGAGAAAACAGACAUGACCACCUCAACAGCAGUUUGUCCACCUUCCUAUGAUUGUGUAACAAAGCUAGUAAAAAAAGAAAAACAUGAAAAGGAAGACAAAGAUGCCAGAAAGAAGGAAAAAUAAAAUGCAAGGACACAAUUCUGUUUUGUGAAAAGUUGUUUACAGCCUGUGAAGGUGAUGUGUUUGUGUCCACAGGACUCCUGUAGGAGGUCUAUGCCAAACAGACAGUUUUAAAAAAUAUACUGUAUACAUAAGGUCAGUGCCUAUAACAAGACAGUGACCCCUUGUCAGUAAAAUGUGACUAUAAUAUGGGGAAACAACCUUGACUGGAGGUUACUAUUUUCACUACCAGCUGACACUGCUGAAGAGGAGAGGAAAAAAUGGCUACUCAGACUGUAGGUACCAGUUAAAGGGGUGAAAACCAAUAAAUUUUUGUGUGUUUAGCAUAAAACAAUACAGUAACUGUAUCCACUGUUUGCAUUUCAACUGCCACAUUUGUCAUAUUUUUACAAAAUCUGUGUUGGUGAAUUCAUCUUUUUUUUAAUCAUAUGUUUAUUAUAUGUAACUAUUUUUGUAAAUGGGGUUUAUGUUGGGGAAGGGGUUAAGUAUUACUUUACAGGUAUGAGGACCAGGUGUUCUAUAAUAUGACUCUCUAAUAUACACACAGAAAUUAUUUGCAUGAAGGCAUGCUGCACUUAUAGAUCAUGCAUGAAAAAGCAUUAAGUCACAGAGAACAACAAAUUUUUAACUACUCUGUGUUUCUGGGAGGGAGUAAUAAAUUCUGAGGUGCUUAAUUAAUGUAUUCAUGUUGUGUCACAUCAGACGAGUCUUUAUAUGCCUGUAAAGUUCUCUAUAAUCCACAAGAAUAGAACAGAUGGAUUAUUUUUACACAGACCAUUAAAUCUCAGCAAGUGCAAACUUCAUUGUAAGGUCUGGAGUCCAAGGUUUUAUGUCUUUGUCAAAUGGUUUUCUGUAUAAAAAUAUUAAAAGAAUCUGCCCUAGAAAACAGAAUUGACCAAAACGAACCUUUAUAAAAUUGUUCUGCUUUAUCCUGCAGUAUUGUUUGGCCAUCUUCAGCUCUCAGUAAGGUUGACAUUGUAUAUGUUAAUGAAAUACCCUCUGUUAUGUAAAUAGUAAUUUUACCCUGUGGUGCAUGUUUGAGCAACCAAAUAAUGACAUGAGCACAUUUAUUGCAUCAAAUAUGUACCACAAUAAGUGUAGUGUGCAAGCUUUCAACAGGUAAAAGUAUGUAUUCUCUACCAUUAUAUAGUUUGGAUGCUAUCAAUGCAUGUUUAUACUGCCUAUGCUGCUGUUCUUUCAACAGUCCAGAAUUCUUAAUUAUGGGAAGCCAUACGUCAGAGGUAAAGAGAAACAAAUUGUUCAACAAGACCUCAUUUCUUCACAUCAUUAAGCAAUAGUUUGCACCUAAUUUAAGAGCUUUUUUGUUUUAAAUUUUUUAAUCUUAAGUGAAAACAUAUGGUGUAUAGCAAAACUGUACAGAUGUGUUGCAAACUGCUAAACCUGUUGAAAAUAGUGUGGUUAGAAUUUUAUAAGCAAAUAUAAAUAUUGUAAAAAAAACCAUUUUAUUUUAUUUUUCAGCAUUAUGUACAUAAAAUAAGAAAUGAAUUUUAUCUUCAGGUUGAUGUCACAGCCAUUUUUAUUACUUUCUGACCACAGCACUUUUUCAUGGAAGAACUUCAGAAAAUAAGAAAUGAAGACAAGAAUGGGUAGUUGUAGGUUUCUGCUUUUUUACUAUAUUUGAAAACAUUUCCAUUUGAAAUAAUUUGAUGAUUUCUGCAAAAGAAGUGCACAAAUUGCUUGAUUACAAAAGGCUAUAUUUUUGGCUUUGGAAAAGGAUGCAAAAUUUUGUUUGAAUUUCUAGCAGUGCCUGCAUCAGAAUUUUAAAAUAUCCUUUUUCGUUCACAGAAUCCUUUAUCUUUUCCAGGGUUUAUUUACAUAUAUUCUUUUUGAUUCAUGCUGCAUUAGAACUACUAUUAAUAUAAUCUGGGUCCACAAUAUUUUUUCACAAAAACAAAGUAGCAAAAUUGUAUAAUCAAACACAUCAGGACAUUUUAUGUUUCUUACACAGGAAAAUUACAUAUAGACUUCUUUUAUUAAAACUAUUGACUUAUACUGUAUUAGUGAACUGCAUGCAGGAAGAUGCUAUUACCCUAACUGAUGCUAAACAACAUUAUUAAUGCGCCAAAAUAAUAAAGAUUACAUUUUUUAUUGUAUUUCUUUGUCUGUUUUAUUAACUAAAAUUAAUAUAAGAUCAAAUUUAUUAUGCUAUAGUGCUUAAGGAUCUGAUCCUGCAUAGUAUUACAACCAGGUAUAGUGCUUACUAUCAGUCAGAAAUCUAUUGCUGUCACUGGGCUGAGCCCAUUAAGUAGUACUGCCACUGAUAAUGUUCACAGGAUCUUGUAAAUAAAAUAGAGUAACAUAAAUACAAAAGGGA